AUGAACCGCCCCCUCUUCACGCCCAAAUCUGUGAGUAGCCUGCAAUGGAACACUACCUUUCCAGCAGUAACACUGUGCCAGGUGGUCAACAGUGAAACCAUCGCCGAGCUAACCGAACGUCAUUUCGGGAUUGACCGAAAUCCCCUGUUGGACAGCCUGGUGAUGGAUAUUGCCUUUUAUGGUGGGACGUGCUACUCCUGCGAAGAGUGCCUGUCGGGAGCGAUCAACUGCAGCGUACUGGGCAGCUUCGGUGACCUAGUGCACCGUUACCGGGCGUCCUGCGAGGAACUGCUAACGGACUGCCAUUGGCAGCACCAGCCGGUCGACUGUUGCCAGCUGUUCCGCCCGCUCGAUACCGAGUUCGGUCGCUGCUAUGGCGUGAACGUGCGCAACAGGCUGACCGGCGGUGUUGGUGCGGGUCCACCGGCGUUGGCCACGGGGCCGCUUCUGGUCAGCAACCGGCAAACGGGCCCCGGUCGGCUGGAGUUCCGUGUGCUGGAGGACGUACAGCUGUACCUCCACGAUGAGUACGGAGUGCCGCACGCCUACAUCGAUCGUACCAUGCGCGAAACCAUCCUGUGGGGCAUGCGCAAGGAGGUGGUGGUGCGCGUGCUCGAGAUCGAGAACCGGGACGCGGUGGCCGAGCUGUCGGUCGAGCGGCGCAACUGUCGCUUUCCGCUGGAACUGCCCCCGAAUCGAGGGGCGCAGCUGUACAGCUACUACAGCUUCUCAGCCUGUGCUGUAGAGUGUUUCGCCCGGACCCAGCGCCACUACUGCAACUGUACGCACCACCUGAUGCCGCGCGAUCCAGCAGAGCGGCAGGCCAGGGAGUGCUCUUUCGAUGGGCUCGCCUGUCUGACCAAACACUCGGUCGAGAUAGCGCAGGCACGCAAGCGGUGCCCAUGCCUGGCGUCCUGCGUCGAACCGGAGUUUUUCGUCAUUCACAAGUCGGAAGAUUACUUCCCGGAAGAGGAACAGGAGGGUCGCGUGACGGUGCGACUGUUGUCGUUGCCAUACGAGCGGUUCGUGCGCAACAUCGCCAAGACGGAGAUGGAUCUCUUUAUCGCGCUCGGCGGAUUCAUGGGUCUCUUUUUCGGUGCCUCCGUCUUGACGGCGACCGAUUUUCUGCUCAACCUAUGGUGGGUUCGUCCCAGCUGGCCCGUUAAAUAACGAUCAACGAAUCAGGC